AGAGACAGUUUGAAAAGGAGAGGCAGAGACAGUUAGACUUAGAGAGACAGAAAGAGUUUGAAAAGGAGAGGCAGAGACAGUUAGACUUAGAGAGACAGAAGAAGUUGGAGAGAAUUAAGGAGAUGGACAGAAAGCAAAUGUUUGAGUUUGAAAAACAGAAGCAGAAUGAGAGAGAGAGGCAACAGCUUCUGGAGCUUGAAACGCAGAGACUAAGAGAGAAAAUGGAGAGAGAGGAGCAGGAGAAGAUGAGACAGCAAGCCAUACAACAGGAGGAAGACAGACAGAGAGAGUUGGAAAGGGAAAGAGUGCAAGAGUUGGAGAGAGAGAGUCAACGCGAUCUGGAAAGACAAAAACAGAGAGAGUUGGAGAGAGAGAGGCAACGCGAUCUGGAAAGACAAAAACAGAGAGAGUUGGAGAGGCAGAGACAGAAACAGUUGGACUUUGAGAGACAGGAAUUGGAAAACCAGAGGGAUAGAAAAAGGGAGUUAGAGACAGAGAGACAGAGGGUAGAAGAACUGGAGAGAAUAAAGGAGAUGGAGAGAAAACAACUGUUUGAGUUUGAAAAACAGAAGCAGAAUGAGAGAGAGAGACAACUGCUUCAUGAGCUUGGAAAGCAGAGACUAAGGGAAAAGAUGGAGAGAGAGGAGCAGGAGAAGAUGAGACAGGUAGCCAUACAAGAGGAGGCAGAGAGACAGAGAACCAUGGAGAGGCAGAGGAGAGAGAACCAGGAGAGGGGGGUGCUGGACUCUUUACCUCUCAGACCUAAAAUGCUGGAUCUAGACUCUGGGUGCUGGUCUUUGGGUGACCUGCACUCCAGAGGCAGUCCCCACUCCCCUAGUGUCCGAUGGAAGCAGCCCUCUCCCUGGGCAGAUGACCACUACAGACCUGGUAUCCUGGACAUUGACUCAUUCAGGUCCCAGACCGAGACACAACCCUCGCCCACUAGAGAGGUGUUCCCUGUUACUGGCAUCCAGGGCUCAGACCCAGGUAAUGGGGUGAGAUCCCACCCCCACUCUCCAGAAAGGGAAGGUGGCUAUAGGAUGGCUCCCGAGGGCGCAGUGGGGCGACCCAGUACUGUGUGGGCCCCCUCUCAGCAGGAGCUGUGGGAGCAGAGGCUAAGCAUCGACGAGGAAUCAGUGGAUAGGCCCAUGGCUGGACCAGAGCCACCCAGGAAGCCUGCCAAUAAACCCAGCCUGGAGCAGCUCCUCCACGGGCUGGAGGACAGGGCCACGGCCCCCAUCCUGGUCCCAGAGAGACGCUGUUCUGGUAUGCCCAGUGAACCAUCCUUCCCCAGGAGAGAGCCCCACAGCCCUGGGUCCCCCAUGGAGCAGACCUGGUUCCCCCAGGACUCAGAGCCCCAGGGGCACAGGGUAGAGGCCAGAGGACAGAGGAGAUCUCAGGGCUCCCAGGAGCUGAACCGGAUGAGGUCUCGCAGCGUGUCCCGUAGAUCAGCCCCGUCUGACAGUGCUGUGGAGGGGAGCCUUUCCAGGAUGAGGAGCAGGAGUACACAUAGAGAGAGAGGUGGACAGAGUUGGGAGCAGUUGAAGCAGAAUGUGGACGGUGAGGAGGGGAGGGACAUGGACACACUGGUCCAUGAGCCGGACAGUCAGUACGGGACCUGGGAGACAGGACUGCACACUGAUGAUAGCCUGACUCCUGCCACGCCCACCUCAGACAGCCAACCCAGUCAGUCCCCUAGGAAACCCACUCCACUUUACACGCCAGGGGAACAUGUCCACACCCCGCCCAGUGACCUCGACACUCCAGACGGCUUCUCUGCCCAGCCCGAGAUACAACCACUCCCCUUCCCUGAGGCCUCCACCAGCCUACUGGACUCCAGUGCUCUGCGCUCCAGGGUGCAGUUGAGUAAGAUGCGGGGGCCACGUUCACGCCCCUCCAGGGUCUCUCGUCAGACUGCUGCUCUGUCUGUACACCCAGAGGGACAGGCCACGCCUACUGAGGACUGGCGCUCUCGAGACUCCACAGAGGACAAAGUGGAGUCUUCCAAGAAGGACUCAGACUCUGAGGAGCAGGCGAGAGGAGCAGACCCCCACUCUGCUGCUGCCUCCUCCCAGCCCCAGAGAGUCGCCCUCUUCCCUGGGAUGGACCCGUCUGCCCUCAUGGCCCAGCUCAAGAAGAGAAGUGACUCUGACAAUCAGACAGGGGGACCCUCCACUUCUCCCUCCCAGUUAUCCCGUUCUCCUAAAUCCCCCUUCCUUCCCCGGGCGUCCCGUGUGCUGCCCCCCUCCGGAGGGAAAGAAAAUGGUGAAGAGGCCUCACCACAGUGGCUGAGAGAGCUGAAGUCCAAGAAGCGCUUGAGUCAGUAUGAAAAUGACAGCUAAGUGUGAAUGAUCAAGUGAGCUCUCUACUCACAAAUGUUCCUCAUUUAUGAGUCAUUCUUUAUCAUAGGGUGUUGGAUGCCAUAAACCUGCCAUUUUACCACAUGUUCAUAAUUAGACAAUAUUCUAGUGUCUGUUUUGCUAAUACGUAACCCUAAAAUGCUGAUGGUUUGUAUCGUCCCUCUGUAGGUUGCCUUAACUGAAGAAUCUGGUGGAGAAUCGGACAGUAGCCUUAACCUUGGACCCUGAGAAAAUGGGAAUUCUGCUGCUGACAUUGUAAUUGGUCAUCUGUUUGUUUAUUUUCUCUGUUAUCUUCCUGCCCGGCUCAAAUCCAUGUGCAUAUGGUGCCUUCUUACAGACAACCUCUGUCUUAUGGAUGAAACGAGCAAGGGGCUGCUCUGCUCAGAGCGUCCAGUUCACUGCUAGCACCUCCUGUGUCAGGGGGGUCUUUGCAUAAAGCCACUUUACCCUCUCACAUGACAGGGGAGACUACGGAAGGGGGGGGAUCCCAUUCUCUCCUGUCAGGUUGUUGUAUUUCAUUAAUGGUUAACUUGUGGGACCACAUGCCUCUUAACCUGGAAGUGCUUCAAUAAGCUGGAGGACAGUAUAGCACCUCCACAAGACAUAUUUUUAUUUUGUUUUCUCUUUUUAAAUAUAAUUUUCAGGUUAGUCUAUGCGUUAACUGUAUCUGUCAGUGGAGGAGCGUUGGAAAAUAUUUCUGAUUUUAUUUUUUGUCAUGGAUCAUAGAGAACAAAACACUGCUGAACUAAUGGGCAGCCAGGGUGUAUUAUGUGUUACUAAUAAAUAUGGUAUCUGUAAUCAUGAAAUGUUAUAUUUGUAUUGUUGCUAAUUUGAAAGCUGAAUCAUAACAUGUCAGAGUGCUGGGUUUGUAUGGAGAGCAUUUAAAGCAUCACUAUAGCAGAGGCCCCCAACCCCAUUCCUCUGAGCCACUCAGUGACUGAUGUCAUGAACUAACUGAGAAUCUGUUGUGUUGACAUCAUGCAGUCCCUUUAAACUUAUGGCUAAAGAGGAAUGCUUUGUGUUCGCUGUUUUUUCAAUCAUGUCUGAAUCUGUUUCUACUGGUGGAAAAGGGGAGGGGAAGGGUUAAUCACAAUGGAAAUCUACCUCCAUCUCAAUUACACGCACACACACGCACGCUUGAACACUAAUCAGCCUGUUCUUCCUCCCUUCACCUCCACUUACCUCUUCAGUGAAAGAUCAAAUGAUUGUGUGUGUAAUACUGAUGGAUGAGUGAGUAAGGAUUGCAAGGAAAAUGUACAUGUUACCAAUGAGCCAUACAUUCAAUGUGCACUUCCUGGUUUCUGUUUUACUAGCAUGUCUGCAACACAUCUCCCAUUUAGCGACCUCACGUGCAUUGUCCCAUCAUUGUUUGGAAAAGCAUGUGCAUGCACAGUCUCUGGUCCUUUUCAUCAUGCUUUACUCAGACACUUAACUGAAUGGCCACACCAAGUAGCAGUGGUACAAUCACAGUCUGGAUAUCAUGGCUUCAUCCACAACUGUAAUGGUCCCAUUGUGCACAUGGUCGGUGCAGUGGUGUGGAUGUAUAGUGGAAUGGUAGGAGUACGGCUUCCACUACCCCAGUGGGCAAUGCAAGUGAAGUAUAUUGUUUUGAGAUGAGGGUGGUAAUUUACCCUUUUCUUCUGCACGUGACUUGGACUAUUUGCACCAGUUGUUUUAGGGCUUGUUUGAGCUGACUUAAGCCAUUCCCCUGACCAUGUUAGCCGUGCUCCACUGUCCCACUACUUCCACUACAGCACUGACCGCAUUCCACAUUUUCAUAGGCAGACGUUGGAACGCUAAUGCAAGUGAAUGUUUUGAGGGAAUUUUUAGAGUUGUCCCUUUGGUGUCUGUCCAUGGCGUUUGACUUUGUCAUUAUUUUUUCUCUUUCUCGUUUUAUUUGAAAGUAAAAUGUAUAUUGCACUGUUGUAAAGCCGUUGUUCAAAAGUGUAAAUUCUCAAUAAAAUGUACUGCGUUAAGCUUC